UCAAAGACUCUCCAGCAAUAGAGUAGAGGAAAGCCCAGGGAAACUUGGGUAUUUAUAGAAGCAAACAUCAUUCGGUCUUCUCCACUCUGCAGUCGUCUGCCUCAGAUUUUUAUAUUUUGCCCUCUUUCUUUCUUUAGGCCUGAGAUCCAAUUUUUUUUUCCAAGCUAAUAGUAGUAAGCAUAUCCCAUGGCAGCCUCAAUAGCAUGCCAGCAAGCCUUCGCGCUCAAAAAUCCCUCACAGCCCAAAAAUGUUUUGGUGGGUAGUCCAUCAUAUUUCUCAGGAAAGAAGCUGUGUAAACUAUCUUUAUCUCUGGGAAAAACUACCCAUAACCCAUGUCAUGAAUCUUUGGCCAUCAGGUGUACAGCAGUUGCACCAUUGACUGCUGCCCCAGAUCUAGUCGACGAUCAGGAAGCUCGUGUUUUCAAUUUCGCUGCUGGACCUGCCAUACUUCCUGAAAAUGUGCUGAAGAAAGCACAGGCUGAGCUCUACAACUGGAGGGGAUCUGGAAUGAGCAUAAUGGAGAUGAGCCACAGAGGUAAGGAAUUCCUUUCUGUUAUACAAAAGGCUGAAUCUGAUUUGCGUGAGCUUCUGAGUAUUCCUGCAAAUUAUGAGGUUCUUUUUCUCCAAGGCGGUGCUUCGACACAGUUUUCUUGCUUGCCAUUAAACCUCUGUGGCCCUGAAGAUACAGCAGAGUAUAUUGUGACUGGAUCCUGGGGUGAUAAAGCCUUUAAGGAAGGGCAGAGGUUUUGCAAGGCCAAUCUGGUUUGGUCGGGCAAGUCCACAAAAUAUACUAGGAUUCCUUCUGAGGAGGAAUAUCAGUUGAACCCAAAUGCAAAAUACCUGCACAUCUGUGCUAAUGAGACCAUCCAUGGUGUGGAGUUUAAGGACUACCCUAAGACCAAGGGGGAUAGUACCAUUCUACUUGCCGACAUGUCAUCUAAUUUUUGCUCCAAGCCUGUGGAUGUCUCUAAGUUUGGGGUGAUCUAUGCUGGAGCCCAGAAGAAUGUAGGGCCAUCUGGUGUGACCAUUGUUAUAAUCAGAAACGACCUUAUUGGCAAGGCCCAAGCCUGUACCCCCCUCAUGCUUGACUACAAGAUCCAUGCUGAAAACAAGUCAUUAUAUAAUACUCCUCCCUGCUUUGCAAUCUACAUGUGUGGUUUGGUGUUUGAGGAUCUUCUUGCUCAGGGGGGUCUGAAAGAAAUUGAAAAGAAGAAUAUCCAUAAGGCCAAAAUCCUGUAUGAUGCAAUUGAUGAGAGUAAUGGAUUCUAUAGGUGCCCUGUGGAGAAGUCUGUAAGGUCCCUGAUGAAUGUACCAUUUACACUUGAAAAGAGCGAGCUUGAGAGCGAGUUCAUCAAACAGGCAGCCAGUGAGAACAUGCUGCAGCUCAAGGGACACAGAUCUGUGGGUGGAGUCAGGGCUUCAAUCUACAAUGCAAUGCCAUUGGCAGGAGUGGAGAAAUUGGUAUCAUUUAUGAAGGCCUUCCAAGCAAAGCAUUAAUUAGGUUUAAUGGAUCCCGUGGAUCUCGCUUGAUGCGUUUGAGGAGUUAAAUAAAUUAUACUUUCUUACAAGGCUAGAUAUUGAUCUGCUCUGAUAUAGAUUUGUUAUAGUGAAUUUUCACGCAAGGAGUAAAUUUUAGCUCUAUUUUCUAGGCCUAUGUUGUUGUAAUUCGGAAUAGCUAUAGUUUUUGUUCUUGUCGCCAUUUAAAGGAUUUUCAUCAAAAUAUGCUUUGAUUAGUGCGAUUUGAACAUUUAAGAAUGAGAAUUAUUAAGAAGAGUAGAAUGGAAGUAUCUUCUUUGAAAUAUUUUGCUACGUGCUAGUGGAUAUCCAACAAAUGUAUUUGAUAAUUGUAGUACAGCUUGCAAAGCAAGGCAUUUGAAGAUUGUUUUGAUUCAUCUGGUAAUGUACAAAUAAAAUGUUUUCUUAGCCUGCCUUGCCUUUUAA